AUGUUACCCCGGGGCAAAGUGGUGUUAAUUGUUAAUGGUGCUUCACAGUGUGGAUUUACGGAAUCAAAUUAUCGACAGCUGAAAAUUUUGUACGAAAAAUAUCACCAAAGAGGACUUAAAAUAGCCGUUUUUCCGUGUAAUCAGUUUGCUGGUCAGGAACCCGGGGAUGGUAGAAGUGUAAAAGAGUUCAUAAGAGAUAAUUACGGUUUCGAACCCGAUGUUUAUGAGAAAAUCAAUGUAAAUGGAGCUGAUGAGCAUCCACUAUUCACGUAUUUGAAGAACCAACAAAGUGGCUUUAUAACAGAUCAUAUUAAGUGGAAUUUUACCAAAUUUCUCAUUAGUCGACAAGGAAAUGUGGUACGGUAA